CUUUUAUUUUGAAAUGUAGAGUUCCUGUGACACUCGACCCUCCGUUUCCGAGCAGACCCCGGUGAUCAGCUGCGAGCAUGCCGACAGUCAGCGUGAAGAGAGAUCUGCUCUUUGAAGCUUUGGGGCAAAAAUACACUGAUGAAGAAUUUGAUGAACUAUGUUUCGAGUUUGGCCUCGAGCUGGACGAAAUCACAUCAGAGAAGGAAAUCUUAAGCCGUGAACAGGGAGAUGAGAAGGCAGAAGGAGCGUCUGAUGUUGUGCUGUAUAAGAUCGACGUGCCAGCUAACCGCUAUGAUCUCCUGUGUCUGGAGGGUCUCGUCAGGGGUCUGCAGGUCUUCAAGGAGAAGUUGGAAGCUCCCCGGUACAAGCGUGUGAGUCCGGCGGACGGAGGAGAGCCUCAGCGGCUGGUCAUAACUGAGGAGACGGCGUCUGUGAGGCCACACGCUGUAGCAGCUGUACUGCGUAACAUCACCUUCACUCAGGAACGAUACGAGAGCUUCAUAGAGCUGCAGGAGAAGCUGCACCAGAACGUCUGCAGGAAAAGGACCCUGGUUGCCAUAGGAACUCACGAUUUAGACACCAUAUCUGGUCCAUUCACGUACACAGCCAAAGCUCCCGGCGAUAUCCGCUUCAAACCGCUCAAUCAGAGCAAAGAGUACACCGCCACUGAGCUCAUGAGUCUCUAUAAGACUGACAGUCAUCUGAGGCACUACCUGCACAUUAUUGAGAACGAACCUCUCUACCCCAUCAUAUACGACAGUAAUGGAAUCGUCCUGUCUAUGCCUCCAAUCAUCAACGGGGACCACAGCAAAAUCUCAUUAAACACAAAGAACGUUUUCAUUGAGUGCACGGCCACAGACCUCACAAAGGCAAAGGUCACGCUGGAUAUGGUAGUGACCAUGUUUAGUGAAUACUGCGAUGAACCAUUCACGGUUGAGGAGGCAGAGGUUGUUUAUCCUGAUGGCAGAUUGUGUGUGUAUCCUGAGCUGGCGUACAGGACAGAGACGCUGUCUGGGGACUUCAUCAACAAAAGAGUUGGCAUCAAUGAAUCAGUAGAAAGCAUCGCUCAGCUGCUGACCCGGAUGUAUUUGAGGUCAGAGGUCAGCGGUGAGGGCGAUCUGAUCCAGGUUGAGAUCCCGCCCACGCGCUCUGAUGUCAUCCACGCCUGUGACAUCAUGGAGGACGCCGCCAUAGCGUACGGCUUCAACAACAUCGUCAGGAGCACGCCGCGCACGUACACUGUAGCCAAUCAGCUCCCUCUAAAUAAGUUGACAGAGUUACUGAGGCAAGAUCUCGCAGCCGCUGGGUUUACCGAAGCUCUGACAUUCGCUCUGUGCUCACAAGAAGAUAUCGCAGAUAAACUCAGGAAAAACAUCACAGAAACCAGAGCAGUCCACAUCUCCAACCCAAAGACUGCAGAGUUUCAGGUGGCGCGUACCUCUCUUCUUCCUGGACUCCUGAAGACGCUCGCUGCCAACAGGAAGAUGCCCCUUCCUCUCAAACUGUUUGAGAUUUCAGACGUUGUCCUGAAGGAUGAAACUAAAGACGUAGGAGCCCGUAACAACAGGCGUCUCUGUGCGGUGUACUACAACAAGAGCCCGGGAUUUGAAGUCAUCCAUGGACUUCUGGACCGGGUCAUGCAGCUGCUGGACGUCAAACCAGGCCGUAACCAAGGAUACAACAUCCAGGCGGCAGAGGACUCCACCUUCUUCCCCGGCCGCUGUGCUGAGAUCUUCUCAUGUGGCAAAAGCAUCGGACACCUCGGGGUCCUUCACCCUGAUGUCAUCAGUCGUUUUGAGCUGACCAUGCCCUGCUCCGCCAUCGAUAUCGACAUUGAACCCUUCCUGUGAUGUCAUAAUGCAAAUAACCUCAGCCACACCCCUCCGUUUUGGGCUCCUCCCUCCGAAGCCACAGCCACACAUUACUGUCACAUCUGUCUUUAGGAGAACGAGUUCUAGUCACAACAGCACGUGUUACUGUAUGUUCAUGGUAUAAAUCAGUGUUUUAAUAAAACUCCGCUUGUC